UACUGCUCUCAUGGCUAUAUAAAGCGGAGGAGGCCAGCCGGUUACAGCAACAUUAACCAUCUUUGCCUCUUCCCCCUCUACAGCCUUUAACCCAGAGAGCUUCAAACCCCAUCUGUUUUUUUGUUUCGGUUUGUGCAACACAACAUGGCCAACAAUGUGGUAUUGGCUUCUUCACAGCAACCCAAGAAGGGUGACCUGAGCUUGUUCGCCUUCACCGACCACGAGAUCAUGAAUCAAAUUUAUGCCACCCAUGUCCACGAUGAUGAAAAGUUUGAUGUUGAAUCUCUUUUCAUUGUCGUUGAGAACAUCCUUAAGCGUGCCACCCAGGUCGCUGACAAUGUUGUGCUGGGAACCCAAGGAUCCGUGGAACACUUGGAGGAGAAGACCCCCAAACCAACUUUUAGUCCACCCUUGUGCACCCUGAAGAACAUAUCCUGUGAGUUGCAAUGCAAGGCUCCGGGAGAGGAAACUGCAUACAAAACAACACUCUCGAUCCUUAACAAGUUAUCAAACUAUUCAUGGGAUACAAAAGCAGUGUUGACUCUUGCUGCUUUUGCUUUGGACUAUGGCGAUUUCUGGCUACUUGCUCAGAGCCAGUCGACAGACCAGCUCGCCAAAUCUGUGGGAACCCUGAGGCGGGUGUCUGUGCUCCUGAAGCGCCCAACCCUGCAGAAACACAGGCAGUCACUCAUUGAGCUCAACACUGUCAUCAGAUCCACACUGGAGGUGAUUGAAUGCAUCUUUGAGCUGGAGAAGCUGUCCAAUUAUGACACAAAGGAUGUUCCUGCAUUGUCAACAGGCAUGGACCAUAUCCCAGUUGAUGUUUUCUGGGCUAUUGUCACUGUUGUUGCCAGCACCACUCAGCUUUGUUGCCUCACAAGCGAUGAAGUUAAAAUUGACCGUGGUUGGCCACUGGUCUGGCUUGGUCCGAUUUACAGAGACAAGAAGCAGGAACUUUCCCAGUUCUCUCAGAAGAUCAACGUCAUCCUCACCAAACUCAGGAGGCAGAUUACACUUUGCAGGCAACAAAUAGAGGAGGUAGAAGCUUAUUGGAAGCUCUCAAAACUUUUUCGAACCCCUACGGAGAUCAUGGAGGUAUUUAAGGGACUGAUUUACAACAAGGACAACGUGCAGCCCCUGAUUGAUGGUUCUACCAAAAAACCGGUUAACAUUGAUGUGCUGAAGAAGAAGAAUGUGUUGUUGUACAUUUCGGGGCUAGACAUAACAGAAGAAGACAUUUCAAUCCUAAGGCCAGUUCAUGAGUCAAUAAGGAAGGAUGAUCAGUACAAGAUUGUAUGGAUCCCGAUUGUGGACCAAUGGACUGAUGAGCUGCACAAGAAGUUUGACUUCCUGCGGUCAAAGAUGCCGUGGUAUGUGGUGCAGUACUCUUCACCAAUAGCAGGCAUCAGAUUCGUCAAGGAGAAGUGGCACUUCAAGGGCAAGCCCUCGGUGGUGGUGUUGAACCCACAAGGAAAGGUAGAGCAUGAGAAUGCAAUCCACAUGAUCAGAGUUUGGGGAAUAAAGGCCUUCCCUUUCACCACCAGAGUGGAAGAAACUCUGUCCAAUAAUAGGGAGUGGAUUGGCUCCAUUGCCACCAACGUUCACCCUAACAUUGAUAACUGGAUUAAAGAUCAAAAGUAUAUCUUUUUCUACGGAGGCAAGGAUAACGACUGGAUCCAACAAUUUACCAAGAAAGCGACCAUCCUUGCCAAUGAUGCAACAUUGAAGGAAGCAAGGAUUUCCAUAGAGUUGGCAUGUGUCGGGAAGGGCAGCAAGGGAGAGGACAACCUCGGCGUCCUCGGGCGGUUCUGGACAGGCAUUGAGAGCAUUUUCAUCUCGAAGACUCACCGGAAGACUGAUGCCGACGCGGUGACACUAGAAAUCCAGAAGCUGCUUUCCUACAAGAAUGAGAGCGGGUGGGCGGUGCUGAGCAAAGGGUCGAAUGUGGUGCUCAGCGGCCACGGGACGACCAUCUUGAAGGUGGUGGAGGAUUUUGAGAAAUGGAAGGAGUUUGUGAAAGAAAAGGGGUUUGAGUUCAUCUUCAAGGAGUAUCACAACAAGGUUCUUCACACUGCCCACAUUUGCUGCCGCAUUGACAUUCCAAACACCAGUGGAAAAAUUCCAGAGAACAUGAAGUGCCCCGACUGCCCCCGCAUCAUGGAGACGUAUAUCAGUUUCAAGUGCUGCCACAUUGAUGGUGCUGCCAAUGGAGUGCACUAAUUUGAAGUGGCUGCUUUUCUUCGGACUAGUAUUACUACUAAUUAAAUAAUGUGGAACUUGGUGAUCACCGGAUGCUACUAUUAAGAUGAGUUGUGAUGCGACUCUUAUUUAAUAUCUAUGUUUUCCUAAGAAGUUUUCUGAUGCCACUAGAAAAUGGGAGAUGUGUGGUUUCUUGGGUUGUGGUUUUCCUCUCUUUUGGUUAAUGAAAGUGGAGCUGUUUGUGUACUCGGUCUGUAUUAAUGUUGCAUUACUAAAGUGGUAUCCUUUUGGUUUUCAUGUUGA